CGGGCUCAUUGGCUGGCGGGCUGGUGUGCGUGUGCGACAUGCAACACAAAGCACUGUGCGCUCGUAUGUGUGUGUGCGUGUGUUCGCCGAAGUCGAAACGGUUCUCCGAAAGCGGUCGUGCCGCUGCGAAUGGCUGACGGGGCCGUCAUUCGCAAAAGAAACUUCCACGGGAGCGCUUGCGGAGCGCUCGAUAGAACAACACGACUGAAAGUACCUUUUCCACAGGGUGGAAAGGGCCCCGCGGGUGUGUGAGAAACGAAAGAGAGAUCACGUGAGCGAGAGCGAGAGAGAGCGAGUGAGUGAGCAAGAAAGAGGAAGUUGAGCAGUGUUUUUCGGAGCAAGUGAGCAAACAGUGUGCGGCCGAACUAGCAGCGGAGUGUAGCACACGAUACAACAAUAUCAGCAACAAAAAGGUUGAAGUGAAACAAAGCGAGCGAGCAAGAUAGAUAAAGCAAGCUAGAGGCUGUGUGUGUGCAUGUGAUAGCAGAGUGUGUGUGUGCGUGGAUUUCUCUGUGUGUUGGAAGGAAGUGUGGAGUGUGGAGCACUGCUGGCAGAGGCAGAAAAUCAAUAGUCCUUCCCGAGUCCUUCGAAACGGUUUUUGAGGGAGAGCGAAGCAAAACAACAGGGCUACGCAACCACGUCGCAACACACACACUCCGUACGUUACCAGAGCGAUUGGUUGCCGUGAGUGAGUGUGGCUGCGUGAGUGAGUGUAUGUUUGGUGUUGGGAAAGGGCAAAAGUGGUGCAAAAAAUCAGCACAACUAAGAGCAAAACAGUGAGUUUUGUACAGUUUGGUUGAAGUAAUAAUUCGACCCAAGCAGAGCAGCAACCAGCAACAGCAAGCAGAAGCACGACCAGAAGCGGAGGAAGGAGUGUGUACCUCACGGAAAAGAAAACGAGUGCAAAAUUUUGUUUCGUAACGCCAUCAUCUCAAGUAAAAUCUCAAAAGCCACGGCUGAGUCAGAAGAGAAGUGAAGUUUUUCCAGCCACUAGUGUGUGAUUUUUUGUUUUACCACUGAUUUCACUGUGACCACCACCUUACGCUCUGCAUUGUGGUGUUGUGUUGAAUGCGUGUGUGUGUGUGAUAAGCAAAUCCUCACGCACAGUGUGUGAUACAGCGGGAAAGAAACCUGUUUGCCUGAACCGAGGGAAGCCAAACUCCCGACGGCAAAUUUGACGACGGCGUUUGUACCAGAGAUUCCCGUCGGCCGAUUGCAAUCGGAAGACUGAGGAACAGCAGCAGCAGCAGCAGCAGCAGCAGCCAGCAAGGAGCAGAAGACUGACCACAAGCAACAUCGUAGCAGCAGCAGCAGCAGACUACAACAGUAGCCAUUAACACUGUUGUGCGUAGCAACCACAAGGAUUACUCCGUCGGUGUGAAAGAAUUGCAGCAUUCGACGCAGCAGCAGCAGUAGUAGUGUUGUGUGUGCGUGUGUUCUUGGUGGUGUUCCGUGUGUUUGGUGCGUUGGCAAACGAAAUAAGGCCAGCCGUAAUUUGAAAUGAAAGUGUGACCAAACGCUUUUGUGCGGAGAGUAAAAAAGGUGUUAGAAUCUACGCCCGAGUGUGACGUGUAUGUGUGUGUGUGUGCGGUGGAAUAAUCGAUCGGUGCCAAAUGAAAAAGCAGAGUUGAACCACCGCAACACGCAACAGUAGCGAGAGAGAGAGAGAUAAGUGUGUGCCGUGUGUCGGGGUGUCGUUUAUUGAGUGCGCGUACAUCACAGUGUGUGUUGUGUCCCACGAUGGCCAUGGCAGCGUGCUAUCCGACCUACGACCACAUGACCGGCGGCAGCAGAAAUGUGGCUCAGCAGCAGCAGCAGCAGCAUCUCGUGCAACAGCAGCAGCAGCAACAGAGUCCGGUCGCGGCCACUAGUCAGCUGCACCAUCUGUCGUCGCGGCUGUCUGCCGCGGCAGCAGCAGCAGCGGCGGCCGCAGCGGCCGCAGCCGCCGCCAGCAACAUGUCGGCGGUGCAGAAGGAUUUCAGCAUACCGCUGCACGUGGACUGCAGCGUGGAGUACGAGCUGCCGAACCAGGCGAAGCCGCCGGUCGGUGCCCGGGUGGAGCCGCUGCUGAUGAUCCAUCCGUGCUACUUCCGCAAGAUGGAGAGUCAGCGGCGCAGCCCGUUCAUCAACAACAUGCCAAAUUCGUCCCGUAGUUCUAGUGCGUCGAUCGCUGCCAAGGCUGGUGGCAACGGGGGGGCCGUCGGCAGUGGUAGCAGCAGCAGCGUUGCCAGCGAUGCCGUCACGUCCAGCAGUGCGUCGGCCGCGGUCGAUUCUGUCGCCAGCCGGCGGAGUGCCGUGGCCGCGGCUCACAAGUCGUCGUCGGCGUCGGCCGCUGCGGCUGCGGCCGCAGCCGCCGCCGCUGCCGUCUCCACCAGCAACCAGUUCCUUCAGCUCCAGCUGGACGAUUACGUUCAGCGGCAAAUGCAUCGCUCGUCAGCGGUCAACAGUCAGCAGCAGCAGCAACAACAACACUAUGCUGCUGCUGCCAACAACACAGUCAAUGGUCAUCUGCAGCAGCAACAGCAGCAGCAUCACCACCAGCAGCAGCAGCAGCAGCACCACAGUCGCCACCAGCAACAACAGCAGCAACCUCACCACCAUCAUCACCAGUCGCAGCAGCAGCAGCAUCUCGCUGGACAGUCCGCGAACCAGUACAGCCUCACCAACAGUCAGUCCCAGCAGCAGCAGCAGCAGCAUCAGCAACAGCAGUCUGCGGCUGUGACAACCUCCGACUGGGGCCGCUACCACAUGGGUUCGGCGGACUGCGUCAGCUCCGGGGGUGGUGCUGCCGGUGUUGCUGGCAGUGUGGUACGCAACGGGGGCAGCUACGGUAGCAAGCUGUCCAACAACAACAACAACAACAACAGCGUCUACAACACCAGCAACACCGGCAACAGUAACAGCAGCAGCAGCAGCAACAAAUCCAAAAGUGUCACUAGCGCGUCGAUGAAGCGCAGCAACGCAAGUAAUACGGGUAUCAGUCAACACCACCAGCAGCAGCAGCAGCAGCAGCAACACCAGCUUCAGCAACAGCAGCAGCAGCAGCUCCUGAUGCCGGCCAGCUGCGCCGUGUACAACAGCAGCACCGCGAACGGUGUCAGCAGUGGCCUGGUCGAGGGCGGCGGUGCUGGUGGUGGGCCCCGCUGGGGCGACAUCGAGAAGACUUCAAUGGCGGCUGCGGUGCCGCGCGAUUUCCAGGCCGGCCCCGAAUCGCUCCCGAUGAAGGCGGGCGGGCUCGUGUCCGCCGCCAACCUGCCGCCGCCGCCGCCCUCCGCCUACCGCAGCGGGGGCAAGCGGGACGCGAUGCUGUCCGGUGCCGGCGGCUGUGCAGUGUACAGUAGUAAUAGUAACAGUAAUAGUAACAACACUAGCGGUAGUAAUCGAGGCCACAGCAACACCGGCGGCAGCAGCGUUGUUGCGGCCAACAGCACCACCACCAGCACCAUCACCACCACCACCGGCAUUCCCAGCACGGACCUCAGCCUGUGGGAGGCGGCGGCGAACGGCGGUGGUGGGGCCGGCACUACCAACUCCACCCUGCCGGACAAGAGCUCGAUGACGGCGGCCAUUCCGCGAGAUUAUCACGCGGCCGGUCCGGAGCAUCUCGCGGCUUGCAACAAGCUGGCGGCUGCACGGCAACAGCAGCAACAACAGUACCAGCAACAGCAACAACAGCAACAACAGCAACAUCAUCAUCAGCAGCAGCAGCAACAUCACUCCCAGCAGCAGCAGCAGCAGCAACAGCAGCAGCAACAACAGCAUCGUCAACAGCAACAUCGCCAGCACCAGCAGCACCAGCAGCAACAACAGCAGCAUCAUCAUCAGCAGCAGCAACAUCUGCAUCAUCAGCAGCAGCAGCAACAGCAACAUCAUCACAAUCACCAGGUUGCGGUGGCGGCGGCCGCUGCUGCAGCGGCGGCAGCGGCCGAAGCGUCCGAGAAGCUGCUAUUUGCGGCCAAGUACCGGCAGCACCAGCGCGCUUCCCAUCGGCUCCAUCCGUACAUGAUGAGCUCCAGCUUUACCCCGCUGAUGACGGCGGCUUUCCCCCCAAUGCAGCAGGUGUCCUGCUACAACGUGUGAUUCUAAGUAGGAGGGGUGGGCCAACAACCGGUAACGGAUGGUGGAUGAAAAUGUUGCUGACGUGUGUUCCUUCCGGUGUGCGCGCGUGCGUGUGUGUGUGUAUGCACGCAUGGGGGUGGCAAGUGAUAAGAGCAGUAGGAGAGGGGAGGGAAAAAGAAAUUCAGUGAGAUGUUUGUAACGCGUUCGCGCUUUUUCUGUUUCUGGCAAAGCUGUUCUGUUCUGUUCUGUUUAUUAUUAUUAUUAAUAUUAUUAUUAUUAUUAUUAUUAUUAUUAUUUCACUUUGGUCGUUAGACGAAACAAUGUUGCAAGCACGUGAAGAUGGAAAAUUUCUUUCGCCCAAUCGCCAAUGCCCAACACUGCAAAGAGAAAGAGAAGGCGAGUUAGAUAGGAGUGCCAGAGUUGCAAAGAGAUAAGGGCAUGCAGUAGUUGAAGGAGGAGCCAGAGUAGUAGAAGAGGAAGGAGACGUUGGCGGUGACGGCCACUCUCGUCAAGCAUGUAUAAAAAUAGACAGCAACUUUUUUGUUGCAAAUUUAAAUGUGAUAGUAGUUUUUACUCCCAAAUAAUAACUUCAGCUAAAACAAAAGAAGAAGGAAAAAAACGAGGAACGACUAAAGGAACGACCGCAACUUUGACCGCAAAGAGACAUUCUCUGAGGGGGGACGGGGAGUUGGUAGGGGAGGUGGAAAGGUAGUGUACCAGCACUACACCUCUUCACGCCUCUUCUCCUCACCCACCCCGUCUUGGGAAGAGAAUACUAGUGCUAUGCUAAUUGACUAAUUGAUAUAUGACUUUAGAGAAGGCCACACGCGCAAAAUUCACAUCUGACGGUUUUGUUUUCCGUUUUAUGUUUGUCGUAGAUUUUGUUUUCCAAGCAUAACCGAUUAGCGGACGACGCAACUGUGUGCGCGUGUGUGUGUUUGUAUGUGGGAGGGAGUGGGUGUGCGAGAAGACUACUUUUAUGUUGCCUAGGUGUUGAUAAAGGAUGAUAAAACAAAAACCAACUGAAAAAUAAUAAUACAACCGGACGACAGCACGUGUCCGGCGUGUUUAGUGAGUGUUUGGCUUUAAUCGAACGGUAGUACGGGAUAAAUAUACAUAUAUCUAUACACACAGACACAGACAUACGCAUUACACACAGGAACACAAACCUCUAUAUAUAUACUACGUAUUAAACGGAAGAAAUGUGCGAAGAAGCAACAUAACUAUAUCUAGCCUCAACAAAAUUCCUUUCGUUUCUACUCAUGAAAACCCACACAACACACACCCUAACAGCAACAACCACAAUCCUCUUACCCUCCAACGGAAGGGUGGAAAGGCAAAAAACUGUAAACUUUGCAUGUAACUCGCGAUACACUAAAGCAAAACAAAGAAGUACGUUUAGUAAAAAAAAACAAGCAGCAACCCUGAGACGGAAAUGAACUUGUAAUAGAAAAGCAAAGAAAGCAAAAAAUAACACAUUAGACACACACACACACAAACAUUGAAAACGGCAGUUGAGUAGUAAGCGGUGGUAACGGAGGAUAAAGUAGGAGAAGAAGACAGGAGACAGGAGGCGCAAGCGUAACGUAAUACAAAGAAAAAUGCGGAGUCAUGAACUGAAAAUAAAAACGAAGAAACCUAGCUAAAAACAAACGCCCCCCGUUUAGUAAAAACUAAUCGAAAAACAUUGAAAAAUGAAACAAACAAAAAAAAUCUAUUAUCUUGCUCUCAAUUCUGUGUUCCAACAAAAGAAAGAAGCGCAGCUCGUGUUCAUCGUUCUGUUCUGUUGUUAUAGGCGAGACAGUCAUUAGAGAGUGUUUUUGGUGGGGGUUCGUUUACUUUCGUGGCUUUCGUUCCCAUGCACAGGUUUAUGCGUGUGUGUGUUUUUUUUGUUUCUCCAAGUUUUUGGUGGUCCAGUUGUUCAGUCCCCCCGGGGGGUUGUCCGCAGUAGAGUUCCUCUUUUCAUUUUCACCAGGUUAUCGUUAUCGUUCUCGUUUCGUGCGUGUAUUGAUGUGUCUCCCGUAUAGAUGUGUAAGGGGUUUCCCACCACAAAGCCUCCCCCUUCAAAAAGAGUUCCUCGCCUGUGUUGGCACCAUCACUCUCCGACGAACUGAUGCCCCGGUCUGAUUUCUUCUAGUGUGUUAACCUUUUUCUAUUGUGAUAGACAAACAUUGCCAUACCGCCGGGUCGGGGUCGGGUUUACGAUGAGGUACGGCGGAAUUCUGAUCGAAUAAUUCCAUUUUUCCCCAGGCAAAUUGAUUUCUGCAAAGUUGAUCCUUUCUUUAUGAGCUCCAUGUUGCAUAUGCCUGUCCAGUGUUCCAAACAGCAACAUCAUUCCUUGAAAUUCGCCUGUUCCUGGGUUGUUGUGUUUUCCCCACCGCUGCCCCAAGUUGUCGGCACCGAACCCGAACACCUAUAUUACAUCCCGUGCGCGUUGUUUUACCGAUCAGCUCUGCUACUAAUGGCUUACGUUUCGACCCACUAUUGUAUAGGUGACGUUGUGCUUUAGCGAACGAAGGUAGCGAGAGGGUAAAUAUAGGGUACGGAUAGAGGUGGUACGGUAACAUAGUAAAGCUAAAAACAUGAAGUAAACAAUGUGCAUAUUUAACAUGUUAUUGUUGCAUGAUCGCUGCAAAAAAAACUAACCCAGUAAUAAUAAUAGGACAGCAGUAAUAUGAGCGGGCAGCAAACUCACUACCAGCUAUACAGCAAGAAGCAAACAAAACAAACUACUAAUCAAAAUCAAUAAAAAAAACUUGAACAGAACUGGAACAACAGAAAAAGAAUAAAAAAAAAACAACGACGUACUAUGCAUGUUUCGGAAAAAAACAACAACCUACUGACGCAAACUGUUAAUAGAGGAUGUUCGAUUUUGAGUUUUUGUUUUCCAAAAAGAAAAAAAGAAAUAACAGAAACUAAUGAAAAUUUCCUAAAUAACCAAAUAACAUAAAAUGCAACCCAACAAACGCUCACACUGACUCAUACACUAAGCAAAUGAAGUAUUCAGACUAGAAAUUAAUGGCAAACUAAGGCAAAAACAAAGGUGUUAAUGGUAACGGAAAACAAAACAAACAAACACAGACUAAUUAACUGAAAAUAAACAAACACACAACUCGAACACAUUCUCUCCUAGUCUAGGUCGCGUACGAAAACUAACAAUACAAUGCAAAAUUAUAUACUCUCUCAGACAUAUACAAAACAAAAAAAGCCGUGACAGGUAUACUAUAUUUCAGUAACUAGAACGAAACGUUAAUGCAAUGGGUAGACAAAUGCGGUGGAGUGCAAUUGUUAGUUGAUGUUUUUUUUGGCGAGGGAUAAACAUGCUGCUGGUGGGGUUAUGUUUUUAGUGUUUCUGUUCCGACCUUUUAGUUUUUCUUCUUCGAAAAAGCGACUAAUACCACAAAAAAACAAACAAGUCUUAUGUAAACGUAGAAUAGGAUUGUAUGCAAAAUCUCUAAAGCAUAAAACAAACAAAACUAAUGAUAACAAAUUGAUACCGACGAGUCAAAGAGACACAGGCCAAAAACAAAAGCACACACCUUCUCAGGACAGGAUCAGUACGGCAGAGGGGAGAGACAGAGAGAGGUGAGUGUGUCUGUAUGUCUGUGUGGUAAACCUUGUGUGCUUUUUGGUGGACCGCUUCUUGCGUUUGGCCGUCGUGUCGUGUUCGCUGUACAUAUACUAAGAUACUGACGGGGGAGGACGUGUUGACGAAUACAAGCCAAAGGGAAAGGACAUCAAGUCAAAGUUUAGUCAACGGUGAAUGCGAUUGCUCGGCAAACAAAGGGGGAGGAAAAAUAGGAAAAGCUAGUAAUUCCAAUCGCGCGCAUACUGUGUCAAGCAUACUAACCAACUGUGUGGUAAAACGAUGGUGAAAAAAGUGAAUAAGAAAACAGUGAGAGAGACGAAAAAGAACGGGAAACGAGAGAAGAUGAAAAAAAAAAAACAACUGACACUGUAGAACUAUAACUAGUAAACGUUAAGCAUAAAGUAACAGAAAAAAAACAACUGAUAAUAAAUAGUAGAAUGCUCGGGAGAAAGAAGGGGUAGGGCAGUGUCAAAACGGAACUGAAUUUAAUCGAGAACAGAAUCGAGAGAAACGGGAAAGAUGAAGAAUGAAAAGCUGUAGUAAAAGGAAGUAAAAACAACAGGAAUGUGAUGAUUUCCGAACGAAGCACGGAACGCAAAAGGUAAAUGCAAACGGUACGGAACGAAACAAAGAAAACCGCAGCAAGGAACAGUAAACGGAAGAAAAAAAACACGGCAAAAGAAAAGAACAGCACUGCAAAAAAGUUAGAAGAACCACUAUAAGGUAAUCUGUGUAUAAAUUAUGAUAAUUUAAUUAUUUAAUUAAACGAACAGACACAAAAGGCAAACGAUGCAUAUGCGCAUACACACGCACAUAUAUACACACACAUAUAUACGCCGAGGACGAGUUCAGGGACGAACGGACUGGACGGGGAAUCGCCGGAACCUCUGGGGGACAUUUCUAGAAAAAACUUUAACUCAAACACGCCAAACUACUUGUACUCCUGCUGCAGAAGACGAUCAAACGUCACAGCAUAGCAUAGACACCGAAUUCUCACAUACAAAGGCACACAUACAAAAGUUACAAUUGUAAAACCAACGUUUGUGUGUGUGUGUGUGACACAGAAAGUAAUCAAGAAGAGGAACUCCGAACCUGGGUUUGUUAGCUCGCUUACGUUACGAUCGAGUUGCAUAUGAUCAUCGACGGUGUAUGUGUGUAUGUGCAUGUGUUUGUGUGUGUGUGUAGUAUGUAUCGUACAAGGGAGGGAAAUAGUGUGUGAUGAUCAGCAGGGUGGGAAGAAAGGGGAGCGAAAAGACGCAUUGUUUUUGCACGCUGGAGAGAGGGAGGAUUGUGAGGAGAAAGGCUGGCAUAUGGAGCGGGAGAAAAGCGCGAAGCGAAAUCAAAGAGGAAAAUAAUAAUCGCAAAAAAGGUUAAAACAAAACGCAA